AUGUGCUUCCCGCGGUUUCUGGCAACAAGCAACUUUUAGAGGUUAUACGUUGUAAGAAUUUGUAAAUUGUAAUACGGUCGCGGUGCUUUGUCUUUGAAAUUAUCUGUUCUGUCUUGGUAUUUUUGCUCUUUGUGCACGUAAAAAGAAGAAUGGAGGGGUUUGACAAUGCUGGAAUCUUCUUCAGCGAUAAUUUCGCCCCCGAAGAUAACCAGAACGAUGUUCAAACUAAUCUACAGGGUAUCAAAAAGAAAUUUAAAAGCUUUCUCAGAGAAUUUCAUACUGACAAUUUUAAUUACACAUACAGAGAUACAUUGAAACGCAAUUACAACAUGCAAAAUUACUAUUUGGAGGUGAAUUUGGAAGACUUGGGUAGCUUUAACGAAACAUUGGCCGAUAAAAUACUUAAACAACCAACCGAACAUCUUCCCAUCUUCGAAGAGGCCGCAAAAGAGGUUGCAGACGAGUUGACAAGUCCAAGACCGGAGGGCGAAGAGAAUGUGGAGGAGAUACAAAUAAUGCUCACGUCUGAUGCAAAUCCGUCUAAUUUAAGAGCGCUUAAAUCUGACGUUGUAUCACAUUUGGUAAAAAUACCGGGAAUUAUAGUUACUACUUCAGGCGUUAAGGCGAAAGCUACAAAAAUUACGAUACAGUGUCGUUCUUGUCAAAAUAUUGUACCAAAUUUGCUUAUUAAGCCUGGAUUAGAAGGAUAUUUAAUGCCGCGCAAGUGCCAUACUGAACAAGCGGGGAGAGCGCAAUGCCCAUUGGAUCCGUACUUUAUUAUACCUGACAAAUGCAACUGUGUUGAUUUUCAAAUACUUAAAUUACAAGAGUUACCUGAUGAGAUACCGCAAGGGGAGAUUCCUCGACAUUUGACCCUUUAUGCUGAUCGCUAUUUAUGUGACAAAGUCGUCCCAGGCAAUCGUGUCCAUAUCCUAGGGGUGUAUUCGAUUAAAAAAGUUAAACAGUUUUCAAAGAAAGGUCGCGAAAAGGAGACCACUGGAGUCCGUGUUCCGUACAUGCGAGUUAUAGGGAUACAAAUAGAUGGCGAAGGAGCAACGAGUAAUAACGCGCUCAGGAAAACUUGCAAUAUUGUUACCGCAGAAGAAGAAGAUUUGUUUAGAAGGAUGGCCGCAUCACCGAACAUUUAUGAACGGUUAGCAAAAAGUAUUGCACCUUCCAUCUAUGGAAUGACAGACAUAAAGAAAGCUAUUACGUGUUUGUUAUUCGGAGGUUCACGAAAAAAACUGCCCGACGGCUUGAUACGACGUGGUGACAUUAACGUCUUACUUUUGGGCGAUCCUGGCACUGCAAAGUCUCAAUUACUGAAAUUUGUCGAACGCGUUUCGCCGAUUGGAGUUUACACGUCCGGCAAGGGAAGUUCCGCCGCCGGUUUAACAGCUUCCGUAAUGCGAGAUCCCAAUUCGCGUAACUUUGUAAUGGAAGGGGGCGCAAUGGUUCUUGCUGAUGGUGGCGUUGUGUGUAUUGAUGAGUUUGAUAAAAUGAGGGAAGACGAUAGAGUUGCCAUUCAUGAGGCUAUGGAACAGCAAACGAUUUCCAUUGCCAAGGCUGGCAUUACAACUACCUUAAAUUCGCGAUGCUCGGUACUGGCUGCUGCAAACAGUAUCUUUGGAAGAUGGGAUGAAACAAAGGGUGAAGAAAAUAUUGAUUUUAUGCCUACUAUUUUAUCCCGUUUUGACAUGAUCUUCAUUGUCAAGGAUGAGCACAACCGAGAAAGAGACAUGAUACUCGCCAAACAUAUUAUGAACGUUCACCUAAAUGCCGACCAAUUUGACCAAGAACCGCGAGGAGAGGAAUUAUCGUUAGAAUUGAUCAAGAAGUAUAUUAAGUUUUGCCGCAGCCGUUGUGGCCCGCGCCUAAGCGAAGACGCAGCGGCCCAAUUACAAAGAAGUUACGUUAAGAUGCGUUCGGGCGCUAGUCAGCACGAACGUGAAAUUGAAAAAAAAAACGUUAUCCCAAUUACGGUCCGACAGUUGGAAGCCAUCAUUCGUAUGUCGGAGAGUUUGGCUAAAAUGCAGUUAUUGCCUUUCGCAACUAAAUCUCACGUAGAUGAGGCACUACGCUUGUUUCAGGUAUCCACUUUAGACGCGGCUAUGAGUGGAAGUCUUAUAGGAGCGGAAGGAUUUACAAGUGAGCACGAACAUGAGAUGCUAGUGCGCAUUGAGAAACAAUUAAAAAAGAGAUUUGCCAUCGGUACACAGGUAACCCAAGAGGCAGUAAUACAAAGUUUUAUUCAACAACAAUAUCCGGAAAUGGCAAUUAGAAAAGUGAUUCAUGUUAUGAUUGGUAGAGGGCAACUUCAACAUCGAUGUCAGCGUAGAGUCUUAUAUCGUCUGAGUUAAAACUACCGUCAUCAUUGGAGGCUGUGCUUUCAACAAAUCACCAGUGAUUUUUUUUAAACAAUCAUAUUUUAUAAGUGUACUUGGAUAUUUGUGAUUGUGUUGUUCAUAUUUCAAUCAAUAUGUACAUUAUUUUUUUAUGAAGAGUAAUAGAGAAUUAAGAAAAUCAAUCCCUAGUAUCUACUGGUUGUAUGGUCUAUUUUUAUAAAAUAAUAGAAA